CCGCGUUUCGGCAGCCCCGCCUCUGGCGUCCCACCGGCUCUGGAAAUCUGCGCGCGGCGGGCUAAGGCGGUGACCAGAGGGUGCGGCGCUCCAGCAAACCUGACCUCCGCCGUCCCCCUCCGAGGGAAUGUCGCGCCGGCGGCCGAGGGUCUGCUCCGGCAACAAGCCUCCUCCGGUGCCCGCUGUGGAGCCGGCUGCCGACGGGCCCUGGGCCCACAGCCGCGCGGCGCUUAUCCGCCUGGAGAAGCUGCUGCGCUGCUCGCGCUGUGCCGAAAUCCUGAAGGAGCCUGUAUGCCUAGGAGGGUGUGAACACAUCUUCUGUAGUGAUUGUAUAAGUGACUGUGUUGGCUCAGGAUGUCCAGUGUGUUCCACCCCAGCCUGGGUCCUAGACCUCCAGAUAAACAGACAAUUGGCCAGCAUGAUUCAGCUUUAUAGGAAGCUUCAACAUUUGCUCCAUGGCCAUAAACUUUCAGAUCCAGAGGACGACACAUCUAGGGCAAGUUCAUUUGUCAAUGCAGAAAGGAAGAAGAAAUCAAUAAAAAUGUGGUUCAGUCCUCGAAGUAAGAGAGUUAGAUAUGUUGUGAAUAAAGUGUCAGCACGAACCCAGCCUCCAAUGGCAAAGGCUGACAAAGCCCAAGAAGACUCAAUGUAUGAAUUUGUUUCCCCAAGUUCUUCUGAAGUUGUUUCUAAGAGAGCAAAAACAGCUUCCAGAACUUCUGCAAAAAAGCAGAAGAAGAAAUCUAUAGCUAUGAUCAACCAGGUGGGGAAUUUAAUGCCAGAAACAAAAGAUAGUAGAUUUGUCUCUAAAGAGGAACUGAAGGCAGAGAGGGUUGUCUCCUGUAGCCAAUCCCCAGUUAUGGAGAGUCCAUGGGUAAACGGUGAGAUAGACUUAUUAGCAAGUGGCUCUGUUGUAGAAUCAGAAUGCUCUGAAAGCUUGGUUGGGUUCUCUUUACCAUUGGCUGAGCAUACAGUAUCACCAGACACUGUGAGCAAGACUGAGGAGACUCCUGAGAAGAAGGCCUGUGUGAAAGAUCUCCGUUCAGUAGGGCGUAAAGGGAACCAUAAAGGCUGCAGCAGGCCUCCCAGCUCUACUUCUCAGAAUGAUGGGAGCACUGUUCCGAGCACCAGCAGAGCUCUGGGUAAGCCCACAGUGCUUGCAGAAAACGUGCUGUUGGCCGGCUCUUCUUCACUGCCUUCAGACCGACUUCAAGUUGAUGACACACUCGGGAAAAAUAGUAAUGUAUCCAAUGACUGCCUUAGCCCUUCAUCAGACACACCCCCUCCUCUGCUGACUAAUUCAAGUCACAGUCAAAUAACGUCAAGCCCCUCCACAGUGAAGCUGUCACCCUGUGUCACGGCCGGGAAAAGAAAUCACAGAGGAGAGACUUUGCUUCAUAUCGCUUCUAUUAAGGGUGAUAUAUCUUCUGUUGAAUACCUCUUGAAAAAUGGAAGCGACCCAAAUGUUAAAGACCAUGCUGGAUGGACACCGUUGCAUGAAGCCUGCAGCCAUGGGCACCUGAAGAUAGUAGAGUUGCUGCUGCAGCACAGUGCUUUGGUGAACACCACUGGCUAUCAGAACGACUCGCCGCUCCACGAUGCGGCCAAGAACGGCCACCUGGAUAUAGUCAAGGUGCUACUGUCCUAUGGUGCCUCCAGGAAUGCUGUUAACAUAUUUGGCGUGCGGCCUGUGGAUUAUACAGACAACGAAAACAUAAGAUCAUUAUUGCUGCUGCCAGAGAAGAAGGAAGCAAUCUCAACUAGCCAGUGCUCAGUGCAAGUGAAUGCUGGGCACCGACAGAAUGGGCCACUGAUGCUUAUAGGCAGUGGGCUUUCCUCCCAACAACAGAACAUGCUCAGCAAACUUGAGACAGUUCUUAAGGCUAAAAGGUGUGCUGAGUUUGACAGUACAGUAACUCAUGUCAUUGUUCCUGAGGAAGCUCAGAGUACAUUGAAAUGUAUGCUUGGGAUUCUCAAUGGAUGCUGGGUCCUGAAGUUUGACUGGGUGACAGCGUGUCUGCAGAGCAAAGUACAUGAACCGGAAGAAAGGUAUGAAGUCCCUGGAGGUGCACAGAGGAGCAGGCUCAACCGAGAGCAGCUGUUGCCGAAGCUGUUUGAUGGAUGCCACUUCUUUUUGGCGGGAAACUUCAAACAUCAUCCAAAGGAUGACCUCCUUAAGCUCAUCGCUGCAGCAGGCGGCAAGGUCCUCAGGAGAAAGCCCAAGCCAGACAGUGACGUGACUCAGACCAUCAAUACAGUUGCCUACCAUGCCGAGCCUGACUCUGAUCAGCGCUUCUGUACCCAGUACAUUGUCUAUGAAGAUCUGUUUAAUUGUCGCCCAGAAAGGGUUCGGCAGGGCAAAGUCUGGAUGGCUCCUUCUACCUGGCUUAUCAACUGUGUGAUGGCCUUCGAGUUGCUCCCCCUUGACACUAGCUGAAUGCCAUACGUGGUGAGCGUUUUCAGUUGAACACACACGGUUUGUGAGAAUACAGCCAUUGCGAUAUGUUUCAUCCUUUGCUUUCUAUGGAUAGGCACAACCAUUCCUAUUUCCCCGCUUUAAAUUGCAAAAUAAAACAACUGAUGCUGGUUUAGGAACUCACUUAGAUGCCUAAACUGCUUUUAAGA